GCCACUGAGUCGAGUGCGGAGCGAGGGUUGGACAAGCCCGGAGGAUUCCGACGGAUGGAACAGAAUGCUCUUUAACAUGUAUCCCAAUAAACGGAUGACAACUUGCAACAUUUACUUCAAACUUUCAGCGCUAGAAUAUAUGUCGCUGGGUCAUUCGAUUUGACUAGAAUAUACAUUCUGUUAUGCAGGUGUAGUCUGAUCAGCUGCGAGUGCGCUGAAAUGACUUGGACGGUACUGACGCUGUUUGACUCUAACUGCAUUGCCUAAUGCCAUUUUACUCAGCGUUGACUUGACGUUUGGAACUACAAUAUAGAAUCUGCUGUCAAGCUAAUAGUUCGGAUGAAAGUAGUCGACAGCUGGUGUAAAGUAAAACUAACGUUACACUAUCCGAGGCGUAACGUUAAUGUACUGUUCCUGUUGAAGCAUAUGGGUGCUGCGUACUCAAGCUCUCGACUCCCACACAAAAAGGAUUGUCGUUGUGCUGCGGGGGGGUGCAGUGCAGUACGUAUCUGACAGCUUCACAUCUGGACUGCCUGGAUAGCUGUCUAGCAAAAAAAAACUGUCGCCUGGUGGGUAGUGCCGUGAAUGGGAUUCUGCACUAAACAAAGACUGCUUGAGAUGGCUUCCAUCGAUGGGUAGCUAUACAGCUUGCUAGCCAUCUUGUUCCUAAGAAAGGGCCUGUAUCUUGAUCAAGUAUUCUAGCUAGCACUAGCUUUAUAGCUACCGGUAACUUGACCGUCGAACCGUUUAAUUUGGUUCACCACAUCUGGCUCUAUAGGAAAUCACCCAUUGCUAAGACAUUUCGUUACGUGAGGUUGCGUAUAGGUGUAACUAGCUAGGGUGACAUUGCAGUCUCUCUUAACAAUUUGAUAUUACGUCGUCCGAUAAAAAAGUGAAAGUGGAGCAUUGUCCGUCAUACGUAUUAACGCAGUGGGAUUUCUACGUCUGGUCGCCGUUCCCCCCCACCCUCCCCGCGGUGACGGUGAUGGGUCGGAAGCGGUGUGUCGGUGCAGAUUGUUCCAAGAUGGCGGCCGGGUGCUGCGGGGUGAAGAAGCAGAAGCUGUCGGGAUCCCCCGGGUCGGGGGGUCCUGGCGGGGUGGGGGCUGGAAACGGGUUGGCAGGGACCGGACAUUGUGGAUCGGACUUGGGGAUUGGUUCCUCGUCGACUGUUGCGGCGGGGAACGUGAACCGAGUGAACGGCCUGGGAGGUCCUGGAGGUAGUAGUAGUAGCACCAACGCAUUGUCCCCUACACCGGGAGGCUACAACUCAACUGGCCUCUCCCCGAAUCUCAGCCCUGGAUCUGGUUCGGGAAGUGGAGGCAGGAAGAUGGUUGUCUCAGCGGAGAUGUGCUGCUUCUGUUUCGACGUGCUUUAUUGCCAUCUGUAUGGAUACCAGCCUCCCAGAACACCCAGGUUUACAAACGAUCCCUACCCCCUGUUUGUCACAUGGAAGAUCGGCCGAGACAAGCGGUUGAGGGGUUGCAUAGGUACCUUUUCUGCCAUGAACCUCCACUCAGGACUCAGGGAGUACACCCUAACCAGUGCCCUUAAAGACAGCCGCUUCCCCCCGAUGUCGAGGGACGAGCUGCCUCGCCUGCUCUGCUCAGUGUCUCUGCUCACCAACUUCGAGGACGUCGGAGAUUACCUUGACUGGGAGGUGGGUGUUCAUGGCAUUAGGAUAGAAUUUUUCAAUGAAAAAGGAUCAAAGCGCACUGCCACCUACCUUCCAGAGGUGGCUAAGGAGCAAGGAUGGGACCAUAUACAGACCAUAGAUUCCUUACUACGAAAAGGAGGCUACAAGGCCCCCAUCACAAACGACUUCAGGAAGACCAUUAAGUUGACCAGGUACCGGAGUGAGAAGGUGACAAUGAGCUAUGCUGAUUACAUCACCCAUCGCCAGCACCAUCACUACCAGAACGGCAUGACCCACCCUCUACCACCCUACAACCAUUAUUCCUGACAGCGAGCCGCAUGACCAAUCACUGGACCUCUCCGCGGGCCUGUUCCCUGGAGAGCCCGCCCCCUCCUGGUCUAGUUAUCUCUACUACUGUACCAUUUUAUGAUGAUAGUUUCCGUUGCCAUGCUGACAGUCUCCCAGAUGUUGACAUGGCAACGGGUGGCGAAUAAGCAUAAUUUGAUAAUGUUUGGAAAAACAAAAUAUAUAUAUAUAUAAAAAAAUAACCCCUUUUUUUUGCCUCCAAUUGAUUUAGUUUUUGCAGCAUAUAUAUCUAUAACACCCCUUUUUAUUCAUAUUUUUGGAAAUUCAAAAAAAAAAGAUUUUCUUAACUUUUUUUCAACAAUCCUAAUCAGGUUUUUGAUUCUGUGGAUGGAAGCAAGUCAUAAAUGUAUGGUGGAUUAAUUAUUCUGUUAUUUUGUGUUCUAUUAUAGCGUAGGCUUUGUUAGUUUCUUCUCAUAGGGAAACGGGCUAUUUUUCUUAAGUUUUCAUCAUUUCUUCAUAGCCGGAUUGGCAUUGUGUGUAUCAUGUAGCAAGCCAACAACAUAAGGCUGUAUCUUUUCCUUUACUUUUGGGAUUCCUCUCCAAAAAUGAUUGACUGUGAGGAUUGUUUUUGGCCUUGAAAACCUUUUCAGUGAAGUAGUUGAACUAGCUGCUGGGAUUCUUAUGCUCCCAGAUGUAGAUUGUAGGGUUGUGAUGACACAAUGUCUUUGUCAUCGUGUUUGCUCCAAAUCACGUGUUUGCUUUUCUGUGUGUGGUUAGGAAUAUGUAGAAAUCGGGACUGGAGUUUGAAACCGCUAGAUUAAAUUAGAAAUUGGAUCAUGCCAAAAUAUUCCCCAUGAUGUCCGGAGGCGAUGGUAAGAGGCCUCAGGUGGGUCAUGGAGUCAUAUUAGGUGGGAACUCUGAAACCUGAACUUAAGGGUUUUUGACAUAGCAUGUUGUUGUCGUUCGCGUUCUCUUUCAAACUGGGGGGUGGGGGGUGCGGGGGCGUGGUCAUGUUGUGUUGUCCUGUCUUAGUGUGAGAGUAGGGGGGAGGGGGGGAGGAAGUAUUGAGGUUAGUGAUGGACAUGCUACAAUUUAAACUAAAAGCCAUAUUCUCUAUUUAAUGCAUGCUUUGUAUAUGUGGUUUGUUGAUAGGCUUGAGGUGCUUUCCCCACACUUUUCAAGACGGUAGCCUCGGGGUGUAUUUGGACGUGGGUUUUUGGUUGUCCUUCGGAUUUUCUCUGGUGCCGUCUGAAGCUCAGAUGGCCCCCAAACCUACACCGGUGUCCUCCACCACCUGCGCUGGUCACCACUAUUCCCGCUGCCGUUCGACGAUGGCGGCAUCGUUGUUUACAUCGGCAUGACGACAUAACCUCGCCGGAUGUUGCUGUUGUUGUGCGCAUUCGAGGGCUCCCUAGCUUGGGGAAAUUCACCUCCACGCUGUUCUUUGUGCCGCGCUGCUGAUUGGUGGGCUGGUUGUGGCGUUGUCAAAGACCCGUUGCGGUGUGGCUGUAUGCUCCGGUUGAAGCGGUUGAAUACCUCGCAGUUUUGUGAACUGUCGGCAGUUCACCCCCGCCAGAAAUGAAUUGGUUGGAGAGAAUGCAGAGGAGCUGCUGUUAUCAUUUGAACAGGAUCGUUUCAGAGCCAGGCUUUCUAAGUACCUGCCAAGCCGUUCUCUUACGAUCGUCUUUGAUUUAGCAUGAGUUGCAUCCACACACUGUAGGUUAGUUUGUAGUCCAGUGUUGUUGAAGAUCACCGGCUGAUCAAAUCCAUCCCAUUUAGGUUGACGUUUUGUGCUCGUACUCGACAGAGAUAUUUCCGGAACAGCCUUUAUUAAUGGGCCGGUUAUUUUUCUUUUCAUAUGCAAACGUUAAGGGCUUCUGGCACUCCAUCCACAGUAACCCGAAAUGACCCAGAUCUCAGUUGUGUUGCCUUAAUAAAUGAUUUCAUAAAUGACGGACCAGUAAAUUGAGCUUUCGACUGUUCCUCAGUGUUGUCUUACCCAACCAGAACACACAGAUCAGUGAACAGCCCUGAACACAAUACGACACACAGUUAAUACAGUUACCUUCUGAACCUUGAAAACCUCUUGAAACAGUCUUGAGGUAGACAGGAAGGUAUAUGUUCAUACCCUCUUGUCCUAACUUGUGAAGUGUAUGAACCAACCUGUCUGUCACUUCUCAAGUUCUCACAUAUGUUUGAUUUUGGAGGUGUUCUGUUCUGGUAAUAUUUGCUCAGCUCUCUGGGUGUCGACUGGUGUUCAGACCUUGCAGCUCAGUUAAUGGAAAGGAUUUAAAUCAUGUAUAAUAAUACAUGUUUAUACCGUUAAAGACUGUCCCUGGGCAAACUUUACCCUUUCACAGCCUUGAAGUGGACCAACAUGUAACGAAAACCCCUGCUCACUUAUGUUUGUCAAACAAGCCUCCCACCCCCUCCUCAAAGACAAAGGAAUAGUUUUCUCUCCAAGUUGGAACAGUCAAGCACUUAUUUACUGGUCUAUCAAAUACAGCACAACCUGCUUUUCCUGCUGCAAAACCAAAUUGUCAACACUUUAUUUUCCGUUACAUGUAUAGCUACACAUAUGCAAUGUGUUUUGUUGCAUGUGUGUACGUGUACCUGUAGACCUGUGGUUCAUGACAUGCUUGAUCUUCGGCUCACAAACUAUUCUUAAUCUUUUAAAAGAGAUAAAAAUACAUAAAUGGUGCUAUCAGACCUCUAGUUGGGGCGGUCACAGGUACUGUGACUAGUCAUGCGGACCCAUCUAUCAUAUCGACUUAUUAUCCUUGAUAUAUGCAGAUCUGUGUAACAGGUGUUUUUCUUUUUUUCUACCACUGGGUUGUAACUUGUGCAAGUGUGAAAGGACAGGAAGUCAAUGAUUUAACAUCCCUCCUCCCCUUAUCUGGUCCUCAACCUGCCUCGUGGCCUGGGGGCCUCGUGGCCUGGGGGCUAGAGGUGCAGUACGUCAUCUGGUAGGUAGCAGCGUCAUGGAGGGCGUUCUCUCCCAAGCUGGUGUGGCCCUGUGGAAGCUCACAGACAUUCAUGUUUCCCUUACACUCAUCCUGUACAAGUCCAUUUGAUCUGACCUGUAAUUUAACCAUCUGUAACAGAGUUAUUGUUUUACCAGUUGUGAGAAUAUUAUAACACGGAAACAAAAUGUGCCCUUUCAGUCAAAAGAACAUUUAUGCCCCAGUGACCAUUACCAUCAUGAAUCUUGAAACAGGGAGGGUUUUAGUGUAACGGCAUUCUAUAAUGACAGUUGUAAUUUGGUUCCAUACCAGUUUAGGGUUAUUAGGCCCAGCAUUCACUGUGCCCAUGCAUGUAUUUUCGUGGAAUGCCCACCCUCAAUUACCUUUGUAUGUUUGAACGAACCAAAGAUGCCUCCGGCCAUUUCUAAAUGCUGCUGUUCAGGCCUGGCUUCCUGUCCUUUCAAAAACAACCUACCACAUGUCCCCCUCCCUGUAUGUUUCUUUCUCUUUUUAUGUUUUUUUCUUUUUUUUGUACGAUUUCUAACCUGUAUUUUAAUUUCUUAAGUGACCUGUUGUAUCAUGAGUUUUCAUUGAUUCUCUCUGUGAUGCCUUACUAGGCAUCAAGGACAAUACAAUUACAUGGUUGCAUAUCUAGUUUGUUUUAUGUCAUUUGUUUUCUUUAUUGUUGUUAUUAUUAUGAUUAUUAUUAUUGUAAUGUUACAAAAAAAGGAAAUCCCAUAGCGUGCCUCCUAGAUUUAUGGGUUUUUAAAUGUGUUUUUCCUGAAGACCAGCAGUUAUACUUUAUAUAAAAGAUGAGUUUUUCCCUUGUUUUUUAUGCCAUCUAAAGAUGAAAAGCCUGUUUUCUUUACUCUGGACCCAGUAGCUGCACUGGUAUACAAUCGCACUGAUAGAUAAAAAAAUAAAUACAAUUAAAACUGAAUCAAGUAAUCAAUAAUAAUAAUGAUAAUAUUGACAAGUGAAAUAAGUACUAUGAAAAACUUGUUUGGAACUUUUGUAGAAAAUGUACUUAAUGGAAAGAAGAAAAAAGUACACAAAAAAAUGGAAAGAAAUGACUGUUUUUGUAAAAUGAAAAUCAAUUCUUUUCAAGAAAUAUUUUGGAUCUAGUUUCUAAAUUAUUUGAGUGGUUUUCUAUGUUGGGAGGCGUUCCACUGCGAUGCUGUGCAGAGGGAUGGUCUCUGGUCAGGUAUCAUGUACCUGGCGUAUUCCCUCACAGCAAGUCUUUAUUUCUUUUAAUUUCUCUCCCUCUGCUUUAGUAACUUGAAAAAAAACUUUGAUGGAAUAAUACGAACUGGGAAAUAAAAAUGAAAAAAAUCCCUGUAGUUAGAUCCUUCCUUCCCAUUGAAUUGCUGUUUAGUGUGAUGAGACUUG